CAACAGACGGUGUCCGAUGCUGAGGCAGUGAAGAGCGUAGAGGAUGAUAGGAUGAAUUUGUGCUUCAGUAAGGUUGGCUUCUUAGCAUUCAUUGUCAUGGUUAUCAACUGUACUGCAGAAAUGUUACAUAAAUCACAAGAGUUACAAGGUGUGUUGAACGAAAGACUCCCAUCCUCCCAGGCCAUAGGUCUGGUGUAUGAUAAUUUGAUGACGUAGGGUUAGUUGGUGGUGCAUUUUUCACUUUCCCUCUUUUUGUGUCACAAUUUAAUCUCAUCGACCACACACUACCGCACAGUAGGUGGUGGCAUGCACAAACAAAAUGUUUGAAUGCCAUGAUACCAGUAGGUGGCGGUAAUAUAACAUUGUUUGCCAAACACCACUGAAGAAGAAUACGCAAAUCUGCUACACCCUUUGCCUUGGUGGUCGUGCAGCUGUGAUUUGUUGUGAUGGGCCUAUGUGAGGGUGGUUGACUAUUGGAGUUCAGCGAUGCUUUGUUCAUCGAGUUGAAACAGAGUGGGAAGAGGCAAGAAGCCCAUGACAACAUGAGUCCUACAGCUGUGCCUGUGGUCCACUGCUGUUGUCACAGGAAAAUCUGGUUACACUCAACAGAUGCAGGGGGCUUCAAGCCUGCCACCUCUGUGUUCCUCCUGGCCAUAGUGAUCUGAUCUUCACUAAGGCAAUGGCGAGGGCAGCGCCAUGAAUAGAUACACCACUCUCAGGCAGCUCGGGGAUGGCACCUACGGCUCAGUCAUCCUCUGCCGCAGCCUGGAAUCAGGGGAAUUAGUCGCCAUUAAGAAAAUGAAGAGAAAGUUCUACUCAUGGGAAGAAUGCAUGAAUCUUCGUGAGGUCAUAUCCUUGAAGAAACUCAACCAUGCGAAUGUGGUCAAACUCAAGGAGGUUGUACGGGAAAAUGACCAUUUGUACUUUGUGUUUGAAUACAUGAAGGAGAACUUGUAUCAACUAAUGAAAGACAGGUCUCGGCUGUUCCCUGAAUCUGCUGUGCGAAAUAUUAUGUUCCAGAUACUGCAGGGAUUAGCAUUUAUUCAUAAGCAUGGAUUUUUUCACAGGGAUAUGAAACCUGAGAACCUUCUGUGCAUGGGACCAGAGCUGGUGAAAAUAGCUGACUUUGGGCUUGCCCGUGAGAUAAGAUCUCGGCCGCCGUACACAGACUAUGUUUCAACAAGAUGGUACAGAGCUCCAGAGGUGCUGCUGAGGUCCACCACCUACAGCUCUCCUAUAGACCAGUGGGCUGUUGGCUGCAUUAUGGCAGAGCUCUACACCCUCAGGCCUCUGUUCCCAGGCUCCAGUGAAGUGGACACCAUCUUCAAAAUUUGCCAAGUCUUGGGAACUCCAAAGAAGAAUGACUGGCCAGAGGGCUUCCAGUUGUCGUUAGCCAUGAAUUUCCGCUGGCCUCAAUGUGUCCCCAGUAAUCUAAGGAGUCUGAUCCCCAGCGCAAGUACAGAGGCCAUCCACCUCAUGAAAGACCUACUCCAGUGGGAUCCUAAGAAGAGGCCAGCCUCUGCACAGGCCCUCAGGUACUCGUACUUCUACGUGGGUCAGGCGUUGGGCACUCCUCAGCAGAUCCUGGAGCAGGGCAGGCCUCAGCCUGGUCCUCUACCUCCACAACCAUCACAGCAGCAGCAACCACUGCUGCUCAAACCAGUGCCCCCUCCCCAGUCAGUGACCCCAAAUCCACAUUUCACCUCGUCCAGGCCCCUGCAACAGUUUGAGCGAGCCCCCACCCUGGUUCCAUUAUACCAGAGGCACACGGAGCUGCUGCGAGAGCAGCCCAACUGCAUUGUGAAGCAGGAGGAGACUGCAAGAGUCCCACUGACCCGUUUACCUUACAUUGUUGAUAAGAGCUUGCCGAGCCAGUUGACCCAGGAGGCUGACAAUGCCAACUUCUUAAGCUAUCAGGUGAAACCUAAGGGUGGAGGACGCCAGCGAUGGGGCCAUGGCUCAGGCCUUUUAAAGGGUGACUGCUGGGAGGACUUUGAGGACACAGAGUUGACCUCUCUAAGUGUUCUCUGCAAAACAAACUUUCCUACUGAAAAACGAAGAGAGGAGACUUUGAGCAGGUACGGAAAUGUUUUGGAUGUCAGCAACCCCAAAGUUAAGGGGCAGGUGUCGACAGGUGACAAUGCACCUUUGAAUCUGAACAAGGCCAUGUCCUACCAGGAGCCUUUGAGGACAGCCUCUGCCAAACAGCAUUACUUGAAGCAGUCAAGAUAUCUACCAGGUUUAAGUACCAAAAAGAAUAUGGCAAUAAAUUCCAACAAAGGCUACAGUGAAAGCAACCUCUGGGGCAGCAGCAGUAUUCCUGUAGGAGGGACAUUUCCUAGCAGAAACACUCAUGGUUCAAAUACACUUCCAAGUGGAUAUGUACCAUCCCAUUUCAAAAAAGAGGUUGACUCUGCCGGUCAAAGAGUGCAACUUGGACCUAUAGGGGACUCAGCAGCAUCAAAUUAUGCAACCUGGAGGUCGUCAAGCAGAAGUAAGGUGGGUGCCUCCUAUGUGCCGUCACCCACCAAGACUACAUCUGGCCUACGGUCUCGCCCCCCAGUACAGGCCAUCCAUGGGCGCACAGACUGGUCUGCCAAAUAUGGACACCGCUAGUGGCCUCUUUGGGGCAUUUGUGUUAUGGCCUGGUACAGAUGUCUGUAUUCCUGAUAUUCUCUUUUCCCUAUAAAAGGAAAACAUCAGUUUUUCAUAUCAAAGUAUGUAUGUGUUAUACAGCAAUAAUCUUGGUUUUGUAUUAUUCUGUGUAUAUAUUGUUCAAUGUACAACAUUUUCAAUGUAUGUGUAUUAUAUGGCUAAAUGCACUCAGCAACAAGUUGGUGUUAUCACAUGCAAUAGAUUUAUUUUAAAAUUUUGUUCGGUGACAAAUUCCCUACCAGGUUUGUUUAUUGCAUCGCUUUCUCACCCCCUUUGUUGCCUUUGUAGAAUGUUUAUUCCAUAGAUUUUGUAAAACGCCUCCAUGAUGUUUAAAUGACCUAUCCAGUCUUUAUGCAUUUUAUAUUGCAAAUAUCACUGUGAUAUUUUGGCUGAACCCUGUUUUUAUGUUGCCGAUUUGUCUUGUUUUUGUCUUAAUAUAUUUAUCUUGGUGGCUUUCUUUCAUGAAACAUUCUGUAAUGCAAUACAGAAAAACACUUGUAUUUGAUGCAUUCUUUUAGAUUUUAUUCAUUGUUCAUUUUUUUUUUUAAACAACUGUUCUUAUUUCAAGCAGAAUUGCUAACACUAUUAGCAUUAAUAUUAUUUUGUAUUGAAUUACAUGGCUCUUUUUUAUUUAUUGAGAGAGCGAGAGGCCAUACUGUUGACUUGGUUUAUCUGCUGGGCCAAAUUGUACAAACAUAACUGCUAGUUACCAAAUGCCAUUGCAAAAAAAAUGUUUUGUGGUAUUGUAAUGACACAUUCUUUUCUUGAUAACUGUUUUUGGACAAGCUGUAAGGUCUUGUCUUUGACAUCAAUUCUGUUUUUUUAUAUUCAAUAAACUCAUUGGUGGAUAGACUCUC